AUGAAGAGUGACAGCGAAUGAUGGCGAACACAUUCCCUGUGUAAAUGCGACGGAGAGAAAAGGAGGAGGUUCGCACCGGCAAAAAUGGCGUCCGUGGCCUCUUCGAAGCAGAUGAACCAUCACCCCAUCUUCUCCAAAACCAUGGAAUUGAGGUGGGCGAAGAGACCCAACACCCGCAAUCCGCACAAACUGCAGCUGCCGCCAUCAACAGGCCCGUCGUCGGUCCCGAUUUACAUCUCCACGAGGCCCGGCCACGUCGACCCCAGCGCCCUCAGAGACCUCUACGCCGCCUGCAACCUCUCGUGCCACCGGUUCCCCAACUUGGGUCCCGACCGGCAAGGCCGAGAGGACGACGUCGUCGGGCUCCGCAAGCUUCGCGUCGCGCUUGCUCACAGCUCCGUUGUCGUGUCCGUCUUUUGCAGGGACGAGGACUUGACGUCGGACGUGGAGCAGAGCGCUGUGGUGGGGAUUGGAGGUUUGGUGAAUAAGAUGUUGCCGAGAGUCCAUCCCUCGGAUGGCCGGUUGGUGGGAUUUGGCCGGGCUGUUUCGGAUUUGGGGUUGACUGCGUCCAUCUACGACCUCAUGGUUAUUCCUUCGCUUCGAGGAAUGGGAAUUGGCCAGAUGAUUGUCAAAAGAAUUGUAAGGAUCCUCACAAGUAGAGACAUAUAUGACAUAGCAGCUCUUUGUUCAGAAAACGAGAGGCCACUUUUUGAAGCAUGUGGAUUUGGAGAUGACAUUUUGGGCUCCACGACAAUGAUGUAUACGAGAACUGUAUCCGAUGGCCAUGGAGUGGUCAAGCGCGCUGGUCAUAACCUUUUGCUGGUCCCAACACCUAAAGAUCGCACUGCUUCCUGAACAUCUACCAACUCAUUGAACUAACAAACUCACCGCUGCUGGCGACUUUUGGAGUUUUUUGUCAACUCUUUUAAAGCAGAAGUGAGAUUCUAUUGCCUAAGUCAUAAUGGAUGUUUGUUUCAGUUAAGCUGUUGCGCAGUGAAGGAGUUGCAUGUACAUAGUUGAAUUCUAGAUGCAGAGAUUGUGUAAAAACCGAUGCAUCCGGGCUAUGGUCCUUUUGUUCUGUUUAUAAAAUCAACUCAAGUUAAUAGGGACAAUGUAUUUAUUACAUUUCCUUUUUUAAGGAUGCUUUUAGUAUUGUUUUUCUGGCUGAUCAAAA